AUGACUCCCCCCCUCAUUGGGCGUGGGCUUUGGUGGUGCCAGUGGCCUGUGCCUUCUGGCACUUUCUAUGUCGUCAUGCUCCGGGCACAAAGAAAGUGCGCAUCAGGCUUCUCAAUUCUCUACAUCCUGUUUGUCCUCCCUUCGUCCGGCGCCGUCCCCGCCCAAAAUACCACAAAUGGCCAACUUUUGGUCAUGGGAGCUGGUUUUGGCUCUACUGGGGACCUAUUCAUUUUGGCCGCAAUUUUAUAUUGCUGUAUACGCUGUGUACAGAAGAGAGUUUCUACGUCCUGUGUCGGGGCCUAUGUGCCUCAAAAUAUUGAUGAAUUCGAGCAAGCCCUAGAGCUUGUCAGGCGGGGCCCAGAAACAUUUAAGGAUUGGCUUAACGCCAAGUUCCGCCUCUGGGGCCGAGAUCCGUCGGCUGCCGCCGCUGAUGGUGGUGAUGGUGGUGGUGAUGCGGGUGCUGCUGGUGCUGCUGGGACUGGGGGUGCGAGUGCUGCUGCUGCUGCGCCCUGA